AUGCCUGAAGACUUCUUGCCUAAGAAUACCUCUACCGUCGCUUACGACCAUAUCACGUUGAAAACACGCCAUCCCGUCCGAUCUGGCAAGUUAAGCAACGUUGAGAGCCGGUAGUACUUGGAUCGGAGACGGCUUGGGAAUUCGGCUUGCCGUAAGCUUUUUUUUCGCUUUUACAGGGGCCAAUUUGCCAAUUUUUUUCAACUUAAAUCAGUAAAAAGCUGUUUUCGAAUAAUUUUUAAACCUUGGAAAAGUGUAAAAAAUAAUAUUAUAAGAGCCUUUUUGGGCCGUUGGCUCUAGCUGGCCAUUUACUAGAAAGUCCAAGUUAUUCGCUUACAAUAUAUCAAAACUGAUAGGCUAUCGAACCCCCUCCAGUGACCACUCAAAUCCGCCAAACGUUGUGUAAUUUUGCCGCGUGUUGUGAGGUCACUUCGAGAGAGGUAUAAAUUCAGAGACCUCGAACUGAUUUUUGAGUUUUGUUCUAUCUAGUUUGUCCUUCUUUUUGAUUACUUUGAUGAUGAAAACAAGUGCGUUUCGUUAUCAUUGAUAGUGAGAAACCGAUAAGAGAGUUUCUUUUUCUCGAUUUAGCGUCAAAAAAUGGCCGAUUUUGACGUUGUCGUCGUUGGCGCCGGUAUUUUCGGCACCUGUACCGCCUAUCAUUGUCAGAAACUCGGUUUGAAGACUUUGCUACUGGAAAAGGUAUGGUUUUACUACAAAUUAGCGACGAAAAAUUGAAAAAAAAAACUGCAACUGAGUCCAAUUUUCUUUUAUGCGAAAAAGAGCUUUUUUUCUUGUUUUAAGUGCGCUCCAAGGCUAAAAAAAAUCAAAUGUUUUCGGAAGAAUUCUUUGGCAAGUUCUGAGAGCUACUGGUUCUGUUUCAGAAAAAAAUAAAAAGAAUUUCAGCCAACUCUUAUUCAAAAAGUUUUAAAAUUACAUGUUUUUUUAUCGGAAAGUAAUUCAUCAGAUGUAUAUAUAAUGAAUUUCCACUCUAAGUGACCACUAAACUGAUUCACUGCAGAAAGCGCGAAAACUGGAUUUUUUUCUACCCUAUUGCAUGAACUUUUUCAUUGGGUGAUCAAUUAUUCUCAUUAAAUGGCAUGAGGAUAAAACUUUCAUAGAGUUCGAUAAAAAUCUGAUUGGCACUCCAGGGAUUCUUAUAGUUUAUAGCAGGUUAAUCACCGUUUCUGAUCAAAGAAACUUUCUGACCGUCACAGAAAGUCCAAAAUUGAAGAAGAGUAACCCAAGACAAUCCUAGCCACUUUUCAGUACUCAGCGAACCACGAGAACGGUAGUUCCCAUGGGAAAAGUCGGAUCACGAGAUAUGCUCACACCGACUCGGCCUAUGUUCCUUUGGUCGACGACGCCUACUCUCAGAUCGACGAGUUGGAGAAGAAACGAGGCGAACAGCUUUGGAAGUUAGUUUAGUCCAUUCACCUAGGGUUCUAUAGCUGAUUCACGACUGGCUUCAGCCAUCGAGGAAAGGGUCCUGCCACGAAAAGAGACGAGACAGUGCCUUGGUUGGUCGAGAGUGCAGACAGGCCACGCCUUUUUGCGUCCCAAGCUAGCCGUGAAUCGUCUAUAGACACUCAGCUUGACGUCGGAAUCCCUUGAAACAUUCUUGCGCCCGACCAUUCGUGACUUUCGCGCUCUACGUCCCAGCUUGUUUCUUUUUGUAUCUCCUAUCCUCCUUUUUCCUGUUUUCCCGAUUUCUGUCUUCUAUUCCUCCUAGUUUCACGCACUCUCUCGAAACCGUUUGCCCUUAGAGUCAAAAUAAAAAUAAGACUAACAUGAGCAAUGAUCAGCAAUUUCCAGGAAGACGGGCCUUUUGUGGGCGGCGACUGGCAACGUCGUCCCGAACAUUUCGGCGGUUUUGAAAACCCACAAAGUGGACCACGAAGUUCUGCAAGGGGCUGAGGUUCUUCUUGAAAACUUGGAACAGUCUGACCUUUCUGGGCUCUCUUCCCUCUCUAUGGCAAGGUUAGAGAAACAAGGAAAAACCACGUAGAGGAAAGAGGGCACAGAGAGCUCAGGGUGCUUCGAGUUGAGUAUGAAGAUCAAUCGUUUUUUUUUGGGAUUCGUAUUGAACUUUUUUUUCAGAGAAAAUUUUUCAACAGCAAUGCCCUAUGAACUCUUCGAGACCAAAAUGAUCCAACUUUGAUUUCAGAUUCAAAAAAGGUACCCUCAAUUCGCAUUCGACAACGAAUGGUUUGGACUUGUGGACCCGAUGGGCGGCGUUAUCUUGGCUGAUAAGCAGUUGAAUGCUUUCCGGGUACCCUCUUAAUAUAUUUGAAAAAUGGAUGAUCAUACUGAAAACUACAAAAAAUCGUGAAUUUAAACUGUCUAUCUGUCUGCGCUCUCUUUCUCUAUCGUCCGUCAAGUUUAGUCUAUUUUACCUAUCUGUCUGCGCUCUCUUUUUCUCUCAAUCAAAAAAAAAAAAACAAACUUUGAAUGGUUGAAGCUAUAAAGAGGGUAGGAACUCUAGAGUGGCCACUAUAGGGGCAAGCUUAGGGGCCUUUGGAGGGUCCACUUUACCAACCCCUAUAGGGGCCACUGAUGCUUGCAAAAGUGGUCCCUAUAGGUGUUUUAUUUAGUGGAAUUCUAUGCGAAGAAGCAUUCUCAUGGGAAAAACUGAAUAAAGAAGGGUUUAUUGAAUGAAAUUGAGAGACCCCUAUAGGGUCCACUUGAGCUUUAGGGGCUAAGGUUUCAGAUCCUAAACUCCUUUAGGGACCCCUUAAAUUUAAAAUUAGCGAUCCUUUCUUGGAGACUAGUCAGAAAGAACCCAAAAUAAUCUCUCAUUUGAAAAAAAAUCAAAUUUUAUUUUUCCAGGACGAGUACCUGAAGUUGGGCGGUCAAUUCCACGACAACGAGGAAGUCAAAAACUACGCCGACGGUCCAGUUGUUCGUGUCGAGACCCAAAAACGGACGUACACUGCAAAAAAGGCCAUUUUCACGGUUGGAGUCUGGAUCAAGCAGUUUUUCCCGAAAGCUCCUCUCAAGAUUGAGGUACUUUUUUACAUUCCUCCAAAGAGUCUGUCCUGUCUGCGCUCUCUUUUCUCUCACCGACGAGGUCACAGAAUCAUGGAAACAUCAUGUAAAGAUAAGAGAGCGCAGAGAAAAAAAGGCGUGAAGGAAUCAGAAAUUUUCAAGUAGAAGAGUUCAUGUACAGAGGAAAUAAAUUUUUCAAAAUUUCGACUAAUAUUAUAAAUUAUCAGCCGAUCUCCAUCUCGGUGUGCUACUGGAAGGCGAAAACCGGCGAAUGUCGGGACAUGCCAGUCUUCAUUGGCCAGGAUCCGAAACACCAGACUUUCUGCUUCGCCCUGCCGGCUACUGAUUAUCCGGACUUGAUCAAGGUUUUCAUUUUUUCCGACUUGAAGCUCGUGGCCGCAGUUGGAAUGGUUCAACGGUUGCUUUUUUUUUGCAUCCGACCUAAAUUGACUUGCGCGCUGAUGAAAAUAGUCAUUUUUUCUAAUAGCGCUUUGAGCCAUUCCUCAUGCGGACAUUUUCUCAGGCUGUAUAAAUUUUUUCCAGAUGGCUUAUCACACAGGGGACCCUAUCACCGAUUAUGAACAUCCGAAGGAAUCUGACGAGGUUAUUGACUUUUUUUAGUCAUCGAAAUUUUUUUGAAAAGUUUGGAAAUAAAGUCAAUCUAGAGAAAAUGUCGAUACUUCUCCGCUCCCAAGUAUUUGAUUUCACUUCAAAAAAGCAAGUAAAUAAUAAAUUUGAGCCACUCUAGGGACCACUACAAAAAUUUUUCUCUGAAAAAAAGCGCGAAAAAGGGAAAUUUUUUUAAUUUUUUUAAAAAUCAAGUUAUUCUCUUUUAUAUAUUUCAUUUUUUUCAAGUUGCUAGGGACAUUUUUUUUGGAAAUUUUAAAGAAUAUGUAGUUCUUUUUAAUUGAAAAAAAUGGGUGAAUUUUUUUGAGAGAUACAAAAAAAAACUGAUUAUUAGCCUUGGAGCGCACUUUCACAAAAUUUCGAAUUUAUCCAUUUUCCUGAAUUUUUGACUCUUGUUUAUAAAAUUUUCGAACGUUUCUUUCUACUUUUCGAUAAGUUUAGAUCUGAAAUUCCAGAAAUACGUCUCGAUUCCCCGAGACUUCAUCCAAAGCCAUAUUCCCGCCGUCGAUGGUUCCAAGGCGGCCAGGGUCGAUAAGUGCAAAUAUACGGUAAUUUCGCCUCUUUUUAUUCAACUAAAAAGUCCAAAAAAUGAAUCUAAGGUCUCCGAGGACGACAAAUACGUGAUCGGACCAUUCCCGGGAAUGAAAAACGUGUUGGUCGGCGGCUGUGGCUCGGGAUCCGGAUUCAAGGUGAUUUUGAUGUUUCAGAAGUCUUCCAAGUAUGGUUGAAACUCUUACACAACUAUUGACGUUUUUUAAAGAAAACCAUUAAAAAAGCGCGAAUUCUCGGGUUGUCUGCCAUUUUUUUUUGGCUUUUUUAAAAUUUAUUUAUUUUACAUAAUCUUCAAAGCUUUAGAAUAUAUUCACUUCAAAAAAAGAACUUAUAUUCCACAAGAAAUCCGAUAAAUUUUGAAGUGGUGCCAAAAACCGCGCCCUGUUUUACCAACACAUGAAAUUGCUCCACAAACCAUGAGAUUAAACUAAAUUGACCUUUAGCUUUAUAGCCUAGUGGCUAAUAAUCUUGUCUCCAAGUGAAAAGGUCUCUAGUUCAACUUUUCAGGUAGAUAAUUAGGUUUCCAACUCGUAAAUUUAUAAAUAUCCCUGUUUUUAAGUGAUCCCUAGUGGAAUAAAUAAAAUAAUGGUCAAAACAAAAACUUUCUUUUUCAAGCUUUCGAGAGACAGGAAUUUUUUAACGUUUAAAAAGAAUAAAUUUUGUAUAUCUGCUUGACUCAGGUAUACUGGAAUGGUCACUGGUCAAAAAAAAAGCCCUUAUAGUGGACAAAAUAGUGCUCCCUGAAGGGUCAGAAUUGAGGUGGUCCCUAUAGGGAUAUAGGGUCUAAGCCUUUAAGCUUACGCGGCCCCUACAGUAGUCGCUUAAUUAUAGUUCUGAUUUGAAACUUGAGAAUAUGUAUAGAGACCACUAGCAUGCUCCCCUAGAGUGGCCACUUUGCAAGCUUUAGCGCCCCCUAAAGAGGGAGGUAAGGUGGCCCCUUGAGGGAAAUCUACAAUAGCUUUCAAGGUCGCCACUCUAGGGAUCACUCUGACGUUUCCUGAAGGAUAUUCCCGGCUGACUUGAGUCAUCAAAAAAAGGGUCCUGACGCGAUAAGAAAAGAGAUAGUGUCUGGUCCGUGGAGAGCGCAGACAGGCCACGCCCCCUGAGUGUCUCGGCUCUAGAGCUUUUGUCUAUGACUUGAAAAGAUUCUGAUUCAAUCUCAGCGGCAAAAAAUCGAUAAGGCUCUUAAUCAAAAACAAAAUACUCUCGGGUUCAAUCUCCAUCGGAGAAACUCGAUUUUUGCCGGAAUCUAACAAGAUUCCAGGCCUAAAAAACGUAGUCCAGUGGCUACCAACCUUGUCUAUCAUCAGAAAGGUCGCUGGAUCGGUCCCCCAUCUCAGAUUUUUGCAGGUGGCUCCAGCGAUCGGCCGCGCUCUCGCCGAGAUGGCCGCCGGUCGUCCCACGAGCGUUGACGUCUCCGCCUUCUCCUUCGAUCGUUUCAACAAAAAAUCCAAGAUCUGA